UUUUCUUUGUGUUGCAGACUGAAUCGUCAUAUCACCAAAGGAGCAAUAUUUGACUACGAACAUCUGACCUGCGACCAGAAGAAAAUGCUGGGGCAAGUGUUGACCUGUCUUGACCAGAGGACACAGCAGCUCAAGACAACCCGGAAAGGUUCACUUGGUCAGAUCAAUAAACCAGGAUUUGCUUCUGCCGCUCCGACAUCUAAGAAUUUGAUCUCAGUGUCUCCGGAAACGGUGACGGUGAAAGAGUUGAAUCGAUGCGUGGACAGACUGGAGACCAUAAAACGGAUGGUGUCCAAGGCCAAGGUACCGGUGGUGUUGGUGUACCGGGAGCGCAAACAUCGCACCCACCACCGUCACGAAGAAAAAGGUCAGAGCAACAAAGUUGUAUUUGCUAAAGAAAAACGUGAUUUCCUCAGUUUACUGGGUCUUCCUGGUGCCAUGAUCUCCGAGAAAGGCAUUGAUUUCACAGUCCGGCCGAACACAGCGUCUAACAUCAAGCGCCAGAAGGAAUCCCUGAAGAAUAACAACGCGACAGAGACCACCGAUGUAGGUGAAAUGGAACCCGACGAGAAGAAUGGUGGAGCUGCGGUUCAAACUGACCUGGACAACUCUGAAUCGCCUAAGACCACACGGAAGAUUUUGCAACAGUAUCUGUCGUUCAAGAAAAAGGGGUCAGUGAGUCCUCAGCCUGAAGACAGCACUACGGAGGAGGCAGAAUCAGAAACGAAGGAUGAAGAGUUCGCGGACGUACGCUCAACGCUGAGCUGCGACAGCUGUAGUUCUGAUGAAAGCAGCGAAACUGAUGAAGAAACAGACAUCAAUACAGACAUUGCAGUGCCAGGAGUCUAUGCACACCAGGAGUCCAUCAAGCCUCCGCCAUUCUUCGAGGUAGGAAUGACAUACGUCGUCCUCGCCAUGGAGAAACUGGGAGUCAAAAACACAGCCCGUCUGGUCUCUCCUUUCCUCAGAGUCUCCGUCAGAGACCCCCAGGGUAAGCUAGUGGGUGCAACACAAGACACAGAGGUGUGGGAGGUAGUGAACAAGAACUACCUGAGGGCGCCAUCACAGGUUCACCUCCAGCACUCACUGGAACAACUUCCUGACGACAUGGCCAUCUUCCUGGAACUUCGCUACCAUCGACCAGAGAAAGGCAGCAUCUCUACUCUCUGCUACACCUUCCUUGAGCGUCAGGACCUCUCUAAUGGAGAGUUUGUCUGUGAACUGUACAACCCUCCUGUGGACUACACCAAGAAAUCUCUAAUAACCUACACUGAGAAGGCAUUUUUUCUUCACCUCGAGGUCAUGCUCAAGAUGGCCAAGUGUGAGGUGGAGUCUCUCGAGUCCACCCACUCCUUCAACUCCAGCUGAGAGGCAGCAAGUUGCACUCAACGUUUGCACAAUGUCAUCAGGUGUAAGUCUCUGUGGGGGAAUUUCUUCUUUUGAUAAUGACUGCGACAAUUCCAUUGAAAUUUUUAUAAAUGAUGCAUUACUUCUUGCAUACUUCUGAAUUAUUGUUAGUGUUUCAUCCCUCUUAUGAAAGAAAUUUUGUUGUAAGUAGGUUCAUGUGUACAGUUAAACUCUCUGAAAAAGAUUUUUUAAACCAUGCAUUUCUUUUUAGAUAGGAAUUUUAAUUUUAAAUCCUUGUAAAUAAUGUGUUCCUCAAAUGAUUAUGGAAAGUGAAUAAAUAUACUACAUAAAUACCGUAUAAUUGUUCUAAAAUACUGUCAGUAUAUCAUUCUUUUAAAAGAAAGUAAUAUAUUUUCUUCCAUAUAAGAUGCAGUUUAAGGAAAUCAGAAUUCACUGUGCCUAAUGUUGUCAAAGUUAAAAAAAAAAAAUGUUACUAGGGAAAAGAUUAUUCUUAAUGUUCAGACAGGGCUAUGGUCCAGUUCAAUCCCAUGAUGAAGCAAGAAACAUACUUCUAGUUACAAACAAAAGUUUAUUUCUUUGUUGUUGAAUUAGACACAUGUGCAACUCUUGGGUAUCUUUAUUGAGGAAACGUUUUGCCACACAGUGGCUUCAUCAGUCCAUACAAAGGAGAAACUUGAA